AGAAAAAGAGUCACUUAAAAAGCGUCAAGAACAUCUUUCAAGUGAUCAGAAUAGAAGGCUUCAAAAAAGAGUAACAGAAACUACCCAAGAACAUGAAUCACGUCUUGCUCGAGAUAGAGAAAGAAAAUGUCAUAAAGCAAGAACAAAUGCUAAUUUACAGCAAGAAUUAGAAUGA